AUGGAUGGGUUUGGAUUGCGCGUGAUGACGGCCCACGCGACCGAGAUCGCGGCCACGCCCGAGCCGCUCGCCUACGCGCGAGCAGCUCUCAUUCUUUGGGUGAACCAGGCGGGGACUGCGCAGGGAGGCUUGCCCGGUGUGUCAGUUGCGCUGGUAGCCGCACUGCUCGCUUGGGUGAACGACGACGACGCGACGCCGCCGCGUCUCGACUCGAUGGAGUCGACGGACCCAGGAUUUGGCGCUCUCGUCGUGAACUGCCAGCUUGCGCUGCACGUGCUAGCGGAGCGUCAAAUGCCCUGCCGCGAGGGCGAGUGUUUGCCGCUCAUGAGCCACAACAACCUUCUGCUCGGCAGACUCGCGUUUGUCUGCCUCGAGUUGGAAAGGCUCGCCAGUGUCGGCGCAGCGACCGCCGCCCUCUCACUCGCUGCCUUUGAGGGCAACACUGCGGUGUACGAAGACGCUUGCCGGUGGGAGGCCGCGUCGCGCUUCGACGCGGCUGCUGCGGCUGCCAUUGCGAGCUGGACGCGCGCCGACAUUCGCUGGACGCCGCGCCGCAUGCAGGACCCCCUCGAUCUGCGCUGCGCGGCCACAGCGCUCGGCGCUCUCCUGCGCUUCCACGUGGGUACCGCCGUCGGGUUCGACGCGCUACCCCUUCGCGCCUCCCUGGACGCCGUACUCGGGGCGCUCGGAGAGAUAUGCAACAGAUCCUAUUCGCGCGUGGGGACGCUGGCGAACCCUUCCCUCAAUGGCGGCCUGCCGUGCGGAUUGCACAACGGCAGCUCCCACGGCGGCGUGCACAAUCGCAACCUCCUCGUCAUUGCGGCGGCCACGGCGCACCAGGCGGCCGCCGCUGCGUCCCUCCGCCUCGCCGGCUCCCGGCCGACCGCCGCCGACGGUGUGGAGUGCGUCGGCGCUUUCGCCGCGUCCGCCGCCGCGGCGGUCGGCGCGACUGUGCGAGCGUGCCGCACGCUCCACGCCAUCGAGGCGACAGUCGCCAUGGCGGCUCUUGGCGUCCGCAGCCCGGCCACGACACUGACGCCGCACCUUUCGGCGCUAGCGGUGGAGAUGGCGCCAUCCCUCGCCACCUACUACGAUCCUACAGCCAGGUUCCGGCUGGGAGAGGUCGCGGAGCGCCUCGAGGCCGCCGUCGAGGCCGCCUCGCCCGGUGGACAGCUGACGGCCAGCGCUGCCACGGCAUAG